AUGGUCAAGCUCGACCUAUCGCAGGCAUAUUUUCAUAUACCUGUCAAGAAGAGUCACCAACGGUAUCUAGCCCUAUCAUUUCAGGGGAAGGUAUAUACCAUGACGUGCUUGCCCUUCGGACUAGCAACCGCGCCCCUUACAUUUGCAAGAGUGUCAAAUUGGAUAGCAAGCCAGCUAAGGAAAAAGAAUGUAAGAAUCAUCGUUUAUUUGGACGAUUUUUUGAUAGCCGGUCAAACCGUGGAAGAGGUGAGACACGACAUGCACCUAGCCGUGGCCUUCCUAAGAAACCUAGGAUGGAAGAUCAACUAUUCAAAGUCAAUCUUAGAGCCCACUCGAGUGAUAGAGUUUCUUGGGCUAGGCUGGGACACGGGGAGGAACCGCAAAUUUGUCCCGCAGAGAAAAGUCGACCGAAUCAGAAAAGAACUCCGGAAGCGAAUCGACUCAGGGCUCUGGAAUUGGAGACAGGCGAAGUCGAUUCUUGGAAAAUUAAACUUCGUAGGAUGUGCAAUACCUCUGGGACGGUUGCAUUGUCGGCGCAUCCAGAUAGCCAGCAAAAGACUCCCAGAAUUCGAACCAAAGACAUCAUAUCGUAUCCCGCAAGAGGUGAUUCAGCAGCUUCAUUGGUGGCUAGAGAAUUUGGAACAGACGUCAGAACUUUUCACACCUCCGAUAACAGUAUUCCUGUCGACCGAUGCGUCGGACGUUGGUUGGGGUGCUCAUCUGCUAGACAAAACAAUCAAGGGUACUUGGACAGGCCAAACAAACGUUAUGGCACAUAAACAAAAAGGAGUUGUUUGCCGUUUUCCGUGCAUUGAGGAGGUACAGGGCGAUUCUGAGGCACAAAACCGUAUUGAUACAGUCCGACAGCCAGACGGUUGUUGCUUAUAUAAGAAACGAGGGAGGCACCAAAUCCAGAACCCUUCUCAGAAUGACGGAACAGCUACUGUUGUUUGCAAGGAGCUACCAGAUCCAGAUAUCAGUAAGGUACAUCCCGGGGGUUUACAACAGUAUUGCCGAUCACCUGUCUCGGCAGAAGGCGGUGCCAGACUGGCACCUGUCAGAGACUGCCAUUCGUCCAAUUUUUCUCAAAUGGGGCCAACCAACAAUCGAUCUGUUUGCAACCAGGAGGUCGAGAGUCGUAGCUGCCUAUGUGAGCCAGUUUCCGGAGGACACGGACGCCCUUUUCAUAGAUGCGUUCAGUCGCCCAUGGAGCUUCGGAAUUGCUUGGGUAUUUCCCCCUCCAUCAUUAAUUCCAAGGAUGCUCCAUCACCUCAAUUCAGCGGAGGGGACUUAUAUUGUGAUCGCCCCACGAUGGGAGCAGGCAUUUUGGCUGCCCGACUUACGCAAGAGAGCGCUUGA